AUGCAAGCGUUAACAAUUCGAGAAAAUGCUAGGACCAUAGAAGAGAUAUCUUGGCAAAUUGCACACGCAAAAAAAAUGGUCGUAGUAACCGGUGCCGGGAUUUCAACAAGUUCAGGAAUACCAGAUUUCCGGUCCAAAGAAGGUCUAUACGAAAUGAUAAAGAACAAAUUCCCCAACGAAAGAAUAACUGGCCAACAACUUUUUGAUAAAAGUUACCUAAAUAAUGAGAAAAUUCGAAAGAUGUUUUACGUAUUCAUGGGUGAACUACACUCGUUAACUACUGCCGCUGUGCCCACCAUGACUCAUCGGUUCUUCAAACGACUAUCCGAACAAAAGAAAAUUAUGCAUUACUACACACAGAAUAUUGAUAAUCUGGAGGCAGCGGUUGAUCUUGAUGCAGUUCAACUUCACGGUACGAUGAAUGAAGUGUAUUGUGAUACGUGCGGAUUUACUGUACAAUUUACUAAGGUGCACGCAGAAAUUUUCAAGAAAGGCGUCCCUCCACAAUGUAAUGAAUGUCGGAAGAGAGAGGCAAUCAGGCAAGCUUCCGGCAAGAGAAAACACCGAAUCGGGGACUUGCAACCCAACAUAACAUUAUACAAUGACGUUGAUGACACAACAAGAGGGGUCUAUAUACAAAAAUGCGUGAAAAAUGACUUACGGAAAAAACCAGAUUACUUAUUAGUCGCGGGAACAAGCCUAAAGGUAUAUGGAGUCAAGAAUCUCAUAAAGCAACUUGCGAAAUCUGUGCAUCAAAAUGACGGAAAAGUGGUUCUGGUCAAUCUCUCGGGUGUUGGCAAAGAAUGGAAUUCCGUGUUUGAUUAUCAGAUUCUCGCUCACGUGGACGAAUGGGCGGAAUUGGUAGAGGAACACAUAGGUUUAAAUAAAACCCAGAAACUAUUAAUGGGAAUUGCUAAGAAGACCUCAGCAUCUGUAAAUGAAUCCAUAAGUAAAGGACGUGUCAAACGACGAAGGAAAGAUCGGGAUCAAGAUCGGGAGAACGUGGGAAGUAAUAAUGAUUGUAAAAAGAAAACUCUAAAAAGAUCAAAAGCUGAAGUCUUGGAGGUUGUCGAGGCCUUGCAAUAA